UGUCAGAUUGUUGGUUACACAAGAUUCGGUGCAUACAGGAAUACUGAAUGUCUCAUGCACCUUCUAAAAGGGCAUAUAGGUGUAGGAAUACUGGCACUUCCGGUCGCAUACAAAAAUGGUGGACUAUGGCUCAGCCUGGGAGUGGUGACCAUUAUAGGAAGCAUCUGUACUCACUGUAUGCAUAUACUCGUUCUAUCAGGAAACGAACUUCGUAAAAGAACAAGAAGCGAACAUCUAGAUUAUGCAACCGUAAUGGAAACAGCAUUUAAAACAAGAAAGGACUGGUUGAGAAACUGGAGCAGUUUUGCACGGAGAAUGGUGAAUACGUUUCUGGUAACAACUCAGCUUGGAUUCUGUUGUACAUAUAUAGUUUUCAUCGCCGACAAUAUAAAACAGGUCGUAGAAUACGCAGCACAAGUGGAACUAGACACCAUACUGUACAUUCUCAUGGUAACAGCGAUGCUGGUUCCAUACUCGAUGGUGAAAAGCCUGAAAAUUCUGGCACCAUUUUCAGCUGUAGCUAACGUGCUUAAUUUGCUAGGAUUUAUACUUGUUUUCGUGAACUUAUGGCAGGACUUACCAGAUACCAGGACUCGACCUUCUGUUGGUAAAGCAAGGGAUAUACCACUAUUCUUUGGACAAGUUCUGUUUGCAUUUGAAGGUAUCGCAUUGGUAAGAAAGUGGCAUACAAAGCAACUUUCGAAAAAUGAAAUAGGUUUUUUACCUCAGCUUAUUUGCAUCAAAUUUAAACAGAAUCAAGAAAAAUGCUGGUCGCUAAAGGACCCGGCAAAUACAUGUCAAUAUAACUGUUUUAAGGUGUUACCACUUCACAAGAAAAUGAAAGACAAAGACGCAUUUCUGGGUAAAGCUGGAAUACUCACGCUCGGACUGACUAUAGUUAUAGCCCUUGAUAAUGCUGUUGGUUUCUAUGGUUACCUGAAAUAUGGAGAUGAAACAGAAGGCAGCAUAACAUUUAAUUUACCGAAUGAUCAGUGGCUGUACCUUUCUGCGAGGUUAAUGUUUGCAGCUUCUAUAUUUCUUACCUACGCAAUUGUGUUUUACGUACCAAUGGAAAUUAUCUGGCAUUAUGUUGACAAAAGGACUAAGAUGAGAGGAACAUCAUUACCAGUAUAUACAGAAUAUCUACUAAGACUUGCCCUUGUUCUUGGAACAUGUGGACUAUCAGCACUUAUACCACAUCUAGAUUUACUUAUCGCUCUGAUAGGUGCGUGUGAAAGCUCCUUCCUUGCACUUAUACUUCCGGCUAUUAUAGAACUUAUCACGUUUGACUGCUGUAAGACAGUUUAUAUGAAAAACGGCUUUAUAAUUACUCUAGGACUGGUUGGCUGUGUAAUAGGAACAUAUUCAUCUAUUCUAGAAAUAUACAAAACAUUUUGAAAAGAUUAUAAGGAUCUUA